GAGCAGAUCGGCUGUACCACUCCAGCCGUUCAAUGGCUGCAGGGCAGCGCGCCCAUCUCAGACCUUAUCAGCACAAUAGAUUUAUUGCGGCAGAAAAGAUUUGGGGUUUCUUCGCGUGUUUCGGCAGGAGACACACAAGUGAAGGGGGACUCCAUUUUUAAGACGCUAUAAAUCUAUCCGGGUGCAUUCGGCAAGGACUUUAAAUGCAACACACCCUUGGGCGCGCGGCGGAGAACGCCUGUUACGCACGAAGCGAGCGCAAGACGGGAGCAUUUCAGAGCAAAUCUGAUAAAUGGUUGAACUUUAAAAAACACGACAGUGGCUUUUGGAACGAGCAUUUCACCUGAUGGAUCUUCAAAAAAAACUCUGCUGCGGUGGCAAUGGGGCUGUCACAUGCCAACGGGACCGAGAGGAGAUAACUGGGGCAACUGAAAAUUGCAUUGUUUUUCUUCUGAAUUAGUCUGUUCAGCAUACUACAUAUGAGACCAACGACAAGCAUAACUCCAACCGAGAAAAAUUCACAACACUGGCAUUGUAAACGCCCUGAGACUUUGCGAAUUAAGAAACAGGGUCUUUGAGAAGGGUGAAGAUGCCUUUUCACCAUGUGAGAGCAGGGCUGCUCUACACAGACAACUACCUGAGCACCUCUCUCUCCGAAACCAGUGAAGAACAGCUCGCCAACAUCUCCACAGAAGAGCUUGGCGAGAUCCGAGAGGCGUUCCGUGUUCUAGAUAGGGAUGGGAACGGAUUUAUCUCAAAGCAGGAGCUGGGUAUGGCCAUGCGCUCUCUGGGGUACAUGCCCAGUGAGGUGGAGCUGGCUAUUAUCAUGCAGAGACUGGACAUGGAUGGUGAUGGACAGGUGGACUUUGAUGAAUUCAUGACAAUACUGGGACCUAAACUUGUUUCUUCUGAAACCAGAGAGGGCUUCUUAGGAAGUACUAUAGACAGCAUAUUCUGGCAGUUUGACAUGCAACAGAUGUCCCUGGAGGAGCUCAAACACGUCCUGUUCCACGCCUUCAGAGACCAUCUCACCAUGAAGGACAUCGAGAAUAUUAUCGUCACCGAGGAAGAGAGCUUGAAGGAGAACUCAGGAAACUGCCAGACCGAAUUUCAGGGAGUGCAUUCGAAAAAGAAGAAUCGUCAGACGUGUGUCCGCAAGAGCCUCAUCUGCGCUUUUGCAAUGGCCUUCAUCAUCAGCGUCAUGCUCAUCGCAGCCAAUCAGAUGUUGCGGAAUGGCAUGGAGUAGCCCCGCCCACUGUGAACCCUGACCUCUCUUACUUCACUUUCUUUUAGCGUGGGGAGCCCACUGAGCAGAGGAGCGUGUUUUGUCUUUUCUAUUUAUUUUGGCGAUUGUUAUUGUGAAAGACUCCGAGACGGCAGUGAGGGAUGUCCUCCAUCAUCAGCUUGACAGGGACAUGCAAGGGCUCCUCACUGGAAACCAUUUAAUGCAAUAACAUCCCGCGUGUUUUUCUCAUUCCCUGUCUUUGAAAGACGACGACUUUGUACUUUAUCUCACUCCAAGUCAUGUCAGAUGGGAACAAUGAGGAGUGAUUGGCAGCCUGUCCAAUGGAGCCGCUGCAGGAUGUCUGGCAUCAAGAGCGUAUGCGUGUUCAUCUCAGAUGCACUGUACGUUUCGUUCACAGCAUUGCCGUGUUGAAGCUUAUUUAUUGGAGAUAUUGUUUAAUGGUGAAGGAAUUGACCAUACUUACUACCAUACUUACUUUCACAGUAUGCAGUUUACCGUGCACAGCGUGCGAUCUUAAAUUAACAAAAUAUGCAGGAUCAAAUCUGCAUGGAGUACUGUAUCCCACAGUGCAUUUUGACCUUUUGAGUGUGGUCAGCCAGAAACUUUGAACUUUGAUCCUUUGAUUGGACUGCCAAUACUAAAGGGAUUUUACAUUGGAGUAAAAAUGCUAAAUAACCAUGUUUUUGGGGAAAUAUAUUGCACAUAAUGAACGUUGAAGUGCUUCACAUUAGCAUAAUUGAGAGAGAGAAACAGAAAAGUAAAAUCAUUUUAAAAUUAUUUAAAAACAAAUAUAUUCAGGAAAGAAUUAGAUAGUAACUUCUGAAUUAAACAUGAAAUGUGAUCAAAUUAAAUGAAAACUGCAAACUGUUAUAUACAUACAUUUUCUAUAUUUUUUUUUUAAAUAGUAGGAUUACCAUUCAACAGAUUGGGGUCAGUAAGAUUUAUUUAUUUAUUUAUUUUAUUUUUUUUUUUUUUUGUGGGGUGGGAGAAUUAAUACUUUUUCCAGCAAUGGUGCAUUAAGUUGAUUAAUAGUGAAAGAUAAGACAUAUAAUACACUACCAGUCAAAAGUUUUUGGACAGUAAGAUUUUUAAUGUUUUUUUAGUCUCUUCUGCUCACCAAGUAUGCAUUUAUUUGAUCCAAAAUACAGGAUAUAUAAUUUAAUAUAUAAUUUAAUAAGGUUUUGUAACAUUAUACACUAUACCAUUCAAAAGCUACCAUUCAUUAAUAUUAUCAUGAGUUAGUACUUUUAUUUAGCAAGCAUGUUUUCAAUUCAAAAAUGAUGAUAAAGACAUUUAUAAUGUUACAUUAUAACAUGUUUCUAAUGUUUCUAUUCAUCAAAGAGACCUGAAAAAAAAUUCUCAGCUGUUUUCAACAUAAUAAUAAUAAUUCAUGUUUUUUGAGCAGCAAAUCAGAAUAUUUGAAUGAGUUCUGAAGGAUCAUGUGACUGGAGUAAUGAUGCUAAAAAUGUAGCUUUAAAUAUCACAGGAACAAAUUACGUUUUAGAAUAUAUUCAAAUAAAAAAUGUUACUUUAAAUAGUACACAUAGUAAAAAUCUUACUGUUCAAAAACUUUUGACUGGUAGUGUAUUUGAUCAAAAGUUCAAGAAAGUGAAAGAAAAAUAGUCAAAUAUUACAAUUUAAAAUCACAGUUUUUUAUUUUAAAAUAUUUUAAAAUGUAAUUUAUUCCUGUGGUGUUGAAGCUGACUGUUUGACUGAAAUUUGACUGUUUUUGCUGUACUUUGGAUCAAAUAAAUGCAGGCUUCUUUAAAAAAACAAUUUUUUUUUGAUUAAAAAACUUUUGACUGGUAGUGAAUAUAGUAAUUUAUAAGUUUAUAAAUAAUAUCAUAAUUUAUCAUGUUAAAAAAGAUAUUCUGAUCUACAGAGUGCUGCACGACAUGUGAAAAAAUAUAUAUCAUGACCAUGAAUUAAGACUUUGUUACAUGACCUGAAAUUUACCUCAUUUUAGUUAAAUUAUGGCCGUGAAUGAAGAAUUUGCUUCCUCUUUUUACUCAUUUGUGGCCAUGAUUUACUAAUUUAUUCCCUCUGUUUGAUAAUCAGAUGAGGAAAUUGAUUAAAGGAGAAGUCCACUUCCAGAACAACAGUUCA